AUGUUGAGAUCAUCUAUUCGUACAUUUUCUACUCAAUCAAGAGUAUUGGCCAACUAUGGUUUUGUCGGAUUGGGUCUUAUGGGACAACAUAUGGCAAGACAUAUUUACAAUAAUUUAAAACCAGUUGAUAAAUUAUAUGUACAUGAUGUUAAUCCACAACAUACAAGUGAUUUUAUUACUCAAGUAACUAGUCAAAAACCACAUAAUGCUUCUCAAUUAACUCCAUUGUCUUCAUUGAAAGAUUUCACUACUGAACCUGAAUCUCAAUUAGAUUUCAUUGUAACUAUGGUUCCUGAAGGUAAACAUGUUAAAGCUGUUGUUUCCGAAUUAGUUGAACAUUUUAAUAAUUCAGGUAAAUAUGAUUCAAAUAAACUUUUAACAUUUGUUGAUUCUUCAACUAUAGAUAUUCCAACAUCAAGAGAAGUUCAUCAAUUUGUUGCUGAUAAUUUAAAAGGUGCUACAUUUAUUGAUGCUCCAGUUUCUGGUGGUGUUGCUGGUGCAAGAAAUGGUACUUUAUCAUUUAUGGUUUCAAGAGAUACUGUGGAAGAUAUUGAUCCAAAUUUAGUUACACUUUUAAAUUAUAUGGGUGUUAAUAUUUUCCCAUGUGGUGGUAAUCAUGGUACUGGAUUAGCUGCAAAAUUAGCAAAUAAUUAUUUAUUAGCAAUUACUAAUAUUGCUGUUGCUGAUAGUUUUCAAUUGGCUAAUUCAUUUGGUUUGAAUUUACAAAAUUAUGCUAAAUUGGUAUCUACUUCAACUGGUAAAUCUUGGGCAAGUGUUGAUAAUUGUCCAAUUCCUGGUGUUUAUCCUGAAAAAAAUUUAACUUGUGAUAAUGGUUAUAAAGGUGGAUUUGUUACUAAAUUAACUAGAAAAGAUGUUGUAUUGGCUACUGAAUCAGCUAAAGCUAAUAAUCAAUUCCUUAUGCUUGGUGAUAUUGGUAGAUACUGGUAUGAUAAAGCUUGUGAACAAGAAAAAUAUGCUAAUAGAGAUUUAUCUGUUCUUUUUGAGUUCUUGGGUAAUCUUAAAAAAUAG